AACUCUGGUUCUUAAGAUUGAAUGAAAGUUUGGUAAUUUGCUCAAAAUUUUCUUUGCACUAAACUGACCUAGACAAAGGAUGAUAAGAGCAUAAAUUAGAAAGAGAAAUUGCUUCAAAUACAAUAAGCUGGAUUCACUUUUAAAAAUACAUUUAAUCAAAAAGAUUAUAAUAUUUGAGUUUAGGGUUAGUUGUUUAGAGUUUAGUAUUUAGUGGUUGAAUUUUAUUGAAAUCAUAUAAAACUUUAAAUUAAUUAAAAGUAAAACAAAAAGGUAAUAUGUGUAAAUAUCAUGGUAAAUAUCAAUCGGGAGUAUUUUCUAAAUUGUAUAUACAUUCACCACAAAGUUACUGACAUUGUAGAGUAACAACAUCUCGGGUUCCUAUCACCAUGGGCACGGAUAGUGACUGGCAAAUACUUGUGAACUUUCUGGUUUUGUAGCUUCUUUGACUUGAAUGUAUAUACAAUUUAUAUUUUAAUCUGAUAGAUGCAUGUUAUUGUUUAAUGAAUAUUUGCAAGUUAAUUUACAAUUUCCCUAAACUCUUGAGGAUUUACAAUUUUUUUUUAUUUGAAUAAAUUUAAAACAGCUAGUGUGAUAUUAUUUUUCUGAAAAAUAAUAUUUGCACUGCUACUGUAUAUAAAAAAGCUGACGUUGCUAACCCAUAAUACUAUUUUAGUGUCAAAACCAUACUAUUUUAGUGUAGUUUCAACACUAAAAACAAAUUCAUCUCCAACCACAACACUAAACUUUACCCUAAAAAAUAUUUUAUAAUAUUAUAUUUAUUUAAUUUAUUUAUUUUUUUGUUUUUAAUAAUAUAAUUUAUUAAUAAAGUAAGUGAAUAGUGUUUUAGUGGAGUGAAUAGUAUUAUAGUGUAAUGAAUAGUGUCACACCAAAUUUAGUAUGAAAUUAUAGUGUUACACUAAAAUAGUGUGAUUUUUAAUGUUGGGUUGGAGAUGGUUUUGGUGUAAAAUUCACACUAAAAUAGUGUUUAGGAGUUGGGUUGGAGAUCACCUCACACAUAGCUCAUGAUAAUAUAAUAAUCUACAGAAGUUACGUCCUUUUUGUCUUCUUCUUCUUCUAUAUCUAUAUGAGCCAUUUGGUAAAAUUUGAAAUGAAUUUGUUGGAAGAAAAAGACAAAAAGAAAAUGCAUGCGCAUGCGCUUUUCUCUCGCAGGUUCGUCGUUGGCUCUUCUUCUUCUUCGCAGCUAACUAAAUCUCUGAUGAAGAAGAAGAAGCUCGCUUUUUCUCACUUGAGCCAGAGCCGCCAUAUACUCAGCCACCUCCUUCCUUCUUCUGGCCUCGCUUCUUCUUCAUCUUCUGUUGGAUUACGGUCGGAGAAAAUCGAUGGGUUCUUUGCCAACACGUUGAGGAGAAACACCCAUCUGAAGCUGAAACCCGGAAGUAUGUUGGAAGCUAGAGCUCGGUUCUUCGAUCCUCAGCUUCUUCCUAAGCCUUGGGUUUUCACUGGCUUUCAAAAACGUGGAUGGAAGUCUUGGUUUAAUGCAGCUAAUGGUGUUGUCUUCGGAUUGAUAAUAGCUAAUGCUGCUGUAUUUGCUAUGUGGAAUGUUUACGACAAGCUAUGGAUGGUCAAAAAUUUUGUGCUAUCAUUGAAAACCUUGAUGACUGGACGUAUACACACGCUGAUAACUUCGGGUUUUAGUAAUGUUGACACCAGUCAACUCAUCCUUAACAUGUUUGGAGUCUACUACUUUGGGUCCAGCAUCGCAAGAACAUUGGGACCGGUCUACCUUUUGAAGCUGUACUUUGCUGGAACACUUGCUGGCUCUCUUCUCUUCAUAAGUGUGCAUGGUGUAAUGGCAAUACUCAAGAGCGAAGGAGUAGGAGUUUCCGACGAGGAUAAAUCAACGCUCAUUGCACUGCUGGGUCCAGAGGGAUCUGUCUAUGCCAUUGCACUGCUGGAUAUGUGCCUCUACCCCAAAGUUACUACAUACUUUGCGUUUAUUCUCCGAGUACCCGUAAUGCUUGGAAUCUUAGGCCUAGGACAUGACUUGUUAAAGGUGCUAAAGGGGGAGAAGAAGAGUGUCACCAUUGAUUCGAUGCACACGGGAGGAGGAGCUAUGGUUGCAGCUAUUGCAUGGAGGCAGAUUAGGAAAUGUCGAUUCUACUAUUGACUGGUUUCAUUACUGGUCUAGGAAUCCUUGGAUUUGCUGCAAAAGACUCAAUUGAUAUGAUCAUGACAGUGGUUAUGUUUAACUUUGUGAGUCACAAUGAGAUUAUUAUUAUUAUUAUUGGUUUUUUUUGGACAACGAAAAUAUUUAGGGUA